AUGCCAUUCCUUCUCGAGGAUUCCUGGAUUAAUGACCAGUCUACGACAUGUGAUGUUGCCGAGCUCGAAGACUGUGCCAUCGCCGUCGAUGCAACCUACUACCUCAACCACCUGCUCGACACUCCGCCCGCCCAUGAGCCACUGCUCUCCGCCCUGGGCGGGCUCACCGGCAUCCAAACCCACAUCAACGAGAAUCUAGACCUGUGGGAUAAGAACCGCAUCGUGCCCCUUUUCGUCUUUGAUGGUCAAUCCAUCACGGGUCAGGACGAUGUCUCUCUCGGCCGCCGUCGAGCGGCGAACCACAAGACGGACGAUGCCUGGAACCUAUACUCGCAGUCUCAGGCCGAGCAGGCGGUGGCUACGUUUGGCGCCAACCCUGGCGCCUAUUGUGUUCAGAACCUCUAUCCCCUGCUGCAGAGUAUACUCAAGGAACGGGGCUUGCACUUUUUGGUGCCUCCCUACAACGCCUGUGCUCAGCUCGCCUACUUCGAAAUGAUAGACUCAAACCAGUGUGCAGGUGUCAUGGGUCCCCAGGAGCUCCUCCUCUAUCCCAUCAAGGACUCGGUAAUCCGGAGCUUUGAUUGGGAUGCCAAGACUGUGACGGCUCUCUCCAAGAAGAAGGCCAUGCGCGCACUCGGCGUGGGCGAGCCCAUGUUCGUCGAUGCCAUGCUCAUGACGGGCACCUCGUUCCUCGCGCCGUUCCCUCCGCUUCAAGACUCGUCCAUGUAUCCAAACCCCUUCACCGUCAUGGAUGCGGUCAACAUGCUGCGGACGUCUGACAAGUCCAUCGCCACCGCCUGUGCCUCGUUCAACGACAUUCUGCAGGCUCAGGACCCGGAUUGGCUCGACAAGUACCGCAAGGCGCGGAUGGCCGUCCACCACUUCAUCUUCAUUGCGGAAAACGGCGAGGUUCUCGUCAACGAUAUUGAGCGGCUCACCAAGGACAACCACGAGUACCUCGGCCUCCAGCUACCCGCCGAGCUGUUCCACUACCUCAACACGGGCCUUAUUGGCGCCCGGAAUCUCAGCUGUAUAACGCACAGUCAGAUUGUGGUGCAGCCGACGCUAGACGGCGGCGCCUCGGACGAGUACAAGAAACUCGUCACCGACAAGAUCUUGCCCCUCAAGGAACAGGCUCUCGGCCUCAUCAUCCCCCGGGUUCAUCGCGGCAUAGGCCACAAGGAAAUCACGAUGCGCGUCUGGUUCGAUCCCAAGUUCGCCCAUACGAUUAACCAUCGUUCUUUGCAGCCGCCUCCGUCGCAGCGCGUAGGCACUUGGGAUGUCAAGGAGUCGGACCUGCGCAAGUUCUUCCCCGCCGACUUCGUCGGCCCCAUCUAUCUGGAAGUGCUCGCCCUGGCGAAUCCCGACUUUGUCGAGAUGACAAAGGCCAAGCAGAAGCUCAUCAGGGGCAUCGACAGCUCCGAGAUGGUGACGUCUGUUGCCAUCUGGCGCUUCCUGCACCUGCGAGGCUACGUCAAUGACGAGCACAAGCUGACGAAAUGGGGAAACGCGCUGGCAACCACUCUUCUCGCGCUCAAGGAGGCAAACGAGAACCGUCCCGAGAUUCCGGGCGUCGACGAAGCCGCCCUUCUCGCCUUUGAGCUGAUCAGAUUUGGCCUGCUCGGCGGGAAACACGGCGGCGACUUGCCUGGCAUGCCACGCAGGGGGAGCGAGGAAGAAAAGUCGAGCUUGAUCUUGAUCAGCCAAUGCGCGACACUCUUGAAGCUGAGGCAUCAGGUUUACGGAUACACUGGACCGCUGAACAAGAGUCUUUUGGCUUUCCGCUCUCUCUCUUCGGCGGUGCGAGAAGCCGACCGAGACUUGAUUGAGGCCAUCGUUGCGUCCAUGUUCAUGUACGGGCAGUGCAAGCGAGAAAGGGAUGAUUACUUGGAUAUUAGCCAGAGGCUUCCCUUCCUCCAAGAACCGGACAUUGGACUUGGCAUCGCGAUCCGGACAUUUUUCGACGAAGAUGAAGCGAGCGACAGCAAGGAGGCGCGAGCCACUAAGCUGGCAGAAUUUCCGAAGACGUUUGUGCCCUUUGCAGAAGCUUUGGCAGACGACUUUCGCCUGUGCACAGACUUCGUCAGCGCCAUCAACCAAGGUGUCCAGACCAUUGACAGCAAGGAGCUUGCGGCGGCGGACAAGGCUGCAUGGGCCAAGGCCCAGGAUUACUUGGAUGCCAGACCAUUCUGA